ACGCGCAUUAAAAACAGGAAGUCCAUGACCUGAUGUGGACGUAAGGCGUGAAAGCGCAGAAGCGGUUUUUUGUUUUGGACGAACGAACGGCUAAACAAUGAUUACACGGUAAAACUCACGCGCUGAGUGAACGUAGAGUUGGAAGAAACGGUCCGUUUGUGCGCGAGAAGUGAUCGAAUCAGCCUGCAGCUCGUAAUGAUGGCAGAGUGCGAGCCCUCCGAGAACGCGCCGGAGCCAGCGCCGACAGGGACGGACUUGAGCUUGGCGGAACCUUCGCUUUGGCUGGGGAGGAACCGAGCCGGACCCAGCCUGGGUCUGAUGUUGAACCCCGGAGGCGCGGUACGGAUCUCGGACUCGACGGAAAGCGUUCUCACGGAGCUCGAGGCGGAGGGCUGCGGCGAGGACUCGCUGCUGCUGCCGGGACUGACCGGAACCCAGUCCCCUCGCGCCAGCAAAGACCGGAGGCUGAUGCGCAACAGACACAGUUCCUCGUCUGAUAAAGACAACUUGGCUUCACCCGGUAACAACAGCGGGGAUUUUAACCAUUUUCCUGAGGACCCCCACUUUGGGGAGAUUGUGCAGCGGGCGGAGCAGGCGAUGGAGGCAGGGGUCUUCCCUGAGAGAAUCUCGCAGGGCUCCAGUGGGAGUUACUUUGUCAAGGACCCCAAAGGGAAGAUCAUCGGUGUGUUCAAGCCCAAGUCAGAAGAGCCAUACGGCCACCUGAACCCCAAAUGGACCAAGUACUUUCACAAGGUCUGCUGCCCCUGCUGCUUCGGACGCAGCUGCCUGGUGCCCAACCAGGGCUACCUGUCCGAGGCGGCUGCCUCGCUCGUCGACUGGAAGCUCGGCCUGGACAUCGUGCCCAAAACCAAGGUCGUGUCUCUGGCCAGCGAGACGUUCCACUACAACGCCAUCGACCGGGCCAAGUCUCGGGGGAAGAAAUACGCCCUGGAGAAGGUGCCCAAAGUGGGGCGUCGUUUCCAUCGGGUGGGCUUGCCGCCCAAGGUCGGCUCUUUCCAGCUCUUUGUGGAGGGAUAUCAGGAGGCUGAUUAUUGGCUGAGGAAAUUUGAGGCAGAGCCUCUUCCUGAGAAUACGAGGAAGCAGCUGCAGUCUCAGUUUGAGAGGCUCGUGGUGCUGGACUACGUCAUCAGGAACACGGACAGAGGAAACGAUAACUGGCUGAUUAAAUAUGAGAAACCAGGAAGUGAAGAUCAGUCGGAGAAGGGCUCUGAAUGGUGUGAGCCUAAGGAAAGCGUCAUCCAGAUCGCAGCUAUAGACAACGGCCUGGCCUUCCCCUUUAAACACCCGGACGAGUGGAGAGCGUAUCCGUUCCACUGGGCGUGGCUGCCCCAGGCCAAAGUGCCCGUCUCCCUGGAGACGAGGGACCUAGUGCUGUCCCGCAUCUCUGACAUGAACUUUGUACAGGACCUGUGUGAGGACCUCUACGAGCUGUUCAAGACCGAUAAGGGUUUUGACAAAGCCAUGUUCGAGAAGCAGAUGUCAGUCAUGAGGGGGCAGAUCCUAAACCUCACCCAGGCACUGAAGGAUGGCAAGAGCCCCAUCCAGCUGGUGCAGAUGCCCCGGGUGGUGGUGGAGCGCAGCCGGGGGGGUGGCCAGGGCCGCGUGGUGCAGCUGAGCAACGCCUUCACCCAGACCUUCCACUGCAAGAGGCCCUUCUUCACCUCCUGGUGACGCGGCACCACGGCAACGGGAGGCGGGGCUGCCGGUUCCCCCGGAUCUGUUUUUGGAGGCUGGAGACCGAGAGAUGGUACGGGAGCAUUGGGUCUGUGGUGCUGGACACGCACAAGGAUAAGGGGAGGAGGGUCGUUAUGGCCCGGGUCACGUGGGGUGGGAUGGAGGUUGCCAUGGAAACAUCUGCAUCUCCUCUUUGUUGCUAGGGUUAGUUGUGGCAAUGGCGCAACUGGCAGUUUUUUGGGGGUUUUUUUUUUUAUAAACUAAUAAAUAUAUAAAUACUUAAAUGUAUGAGGAAUGAAGUACAGAACUUUAAGACUUGAAUAUGAAAACUUGUUUUGCUUGAAUGUAACCUGCAGAGUUUACAUUUCACAUUCCUCUUGGACAUGUCAGUACCAAGGGAAUGAACCAUGGUAUUUUGAUACGAUGAAUGUAUUUACUGGGUUCUGCGAGGAUGCUGUUGGUAUACACGCUGAUAAAGAUGCUUUUUAGACUCAGAGAAAGUUAAGUAACUUCACGUGAACCUGUGUAUGCACCUCGGUACUUUUUCACAGGACUUUAACACGAACCUGUGUAUGCACCUUGGGACGUUCUAUUCCUUCUCAAUGGUUGUUUGUUGAACUGUACAUUUUAAGUGACAAGUCAAUAAAGCAUUGCAUAUAAAACAUUG